AAAAGACCUUACCUGACCCGGUUCAUUCAAAAAGAAUGAAACCAGUAGGGUUCGACCUUUUCGCGAUUACAGGCCAUCUUGGGAAAAGAGUCUUUUAUCCUUCAGAUUUUCAGUUGGGUGUUUGUUUUCUUUCGCCGUUCUCUGUUCGCACUUUAAUGGUUAUUUGUCAACUCCUUUGAUUUUAAAUGGGUUUUGUCCGUUUCUCUUUGUUCUGAUCGAGUAAGUAAAAGUACACACAAAAAUCCGAACGUUGCCCAAAUUUCUUGUACCCUAUAAAUAUUCGUGAUUAUGAGACUUCUUUUUUAGCCGCCUUAACCCUUCUUAGAAUAUUGACAUUUUCUUCACUAUAUCUUGGAAUAUUCAUUUGGGAGUAUUAAAUUGCUUACUCUUAUCAAUUCUGCUAUUACUUUGGAGUCGAGUGUAGAUUGGAGAUUUAAAACCCCGUUCACUGCACCCGAAAGAGCAGCUGCUGCGUCUCCUUUGGUCAGAUUGCAUCUCCACCAUUAAAGUUUCUUCUUCUUCUUCUUCCAUUAGCAGCAGUUUCGGCUGGCGAGAAAGGAGAAGCUAGGGGAUAGAUAAUAACAAUCCAUCAGCUUGUAGAACCAUUUGGAAAGAGAUGAGCCGAUCAAGUGAAGCAGCUUUCAUGAAGCGGAAAAGACCAAACAUGGAUUCAGCUACUCCAGGACUUGUAGAUGCUGACCGUAUAGUGCUCGAUGUGGUCAAAAGUAAAAGGAAUCUGGGUAUGUGGGUGGCAGAGGUGAAAAAAGAGGCAAACCUCGCACCAACUAUUGUGGAUAAAUCCCUGAUGUCACUGGUGAAAAAGAAGUUGAUAAAACAAGUCGUGAAUAUCCAAAAUAAGGGAAGGAAACAUUACAUGGCUGUUGAGUUUGAACCUUCGGAGGUACUGACUGGUGGUGCAUGGUACUCGGAGGGAAAUCUUGAUAAGGAAUUCAUCACCAUUCUUAGAGACACGUGCCUCAGGGUCAUAGCAAAGCAGACAGUCGCUACUACGGAGGGAAUCCACGACUUCUUGAAGCACCGGCAAGUUGCUGAGUGUACACGUCAACAAGUCGCAGAAAUAUUGAACUCUAUGGUUCUGGACAAUGCUAUUAUAGAGGUAAAGAGUACUGGAUUGGGAGAAUAUCAUUCCAUUCCUGUUGGAACAGUUUGUUAUCGAACUGCAAGUGGAGCUGCUUUAGGGACUGGCCCGAAAACAAUAGGGCCAAUGGCUUCAAUUCCAUGUGGUGCUUGCCCUAGGAUUAGUCAAUGUACACCAAAUGGAAUUAUAUCCCCGCAAACCUGUGUUUACUACACUAAAUGGUUGAACUUUGAAUUUUGAUGGACUUCUGAUAAGUAAAUCCAAAGUACCCUACACUGCCCCAAGCUGGUUGCUUUUGAAAGUUUCUCGUUUGUCUUUUGGUUUUGAUGAAACCAACGUGCAGAUCACACUUUUCCAGAAACCCCUAUGGGAAGUUUAAUGUUUCUAUUAAAAUGUUUUAACUCUGAAGUGUGAUGACACAGCUCUCACACCUUUUUUGACUUCCUUUUGACAUAUAUCAAAUUGUUAUCAGCUAGAUGUCACUUGAAUAAGUCAUUCUGUCGUCUCAA